UACUUUCCUUUCCCCGAGAGCAUGUCACCAUUACCGUCUGCUCUCAAGAAGGGUAUGCUGGUACCAGGAACAAUCGGUCUUUUGUCAGCUGCCUCGUCCAUUGGCAUGCUACUCUUCAUCAUCUACAGAUUCUUGACAUGGCGCGCUCACUACAAAACAUUUGUCGGGUACAACCAAUAUGUCGCUCUGAUCAUCAACCUCUUGUGUGCGGAUCUUAUGCAGGGUGUCGCGUUCAUGUUCAGCUACCACUGGGUCUUCACCGAUGGGAUUGUUGCACCUUCAGUAAAGUGUACUAGCCAGGGAUUUUUGCUCAACGCAGGAAAUCUAUCUUCUGGCUACUUUGUCAUGGCCAUUGCUCUUCACACCUUCUACGGUGCGGUCAUGGGCCGUCAUCUUAAACCCGCUGUUUUCUACACUGCCCUUGCUGGUGGCUGGUUCUUUGCGCUUUUCCUGUCUGCCAUGGGUCCCAUAUUACAUGGAAACCACUACUAUGUACGAGCAGGCGCAUGGUGCUGGGCUGCUCCUGAGUUCCAGACUGAACGUUUGGCCUUUCACUAUAUUUGGAUAUUUGCCGUGCAAUUUGGGACGGUGAUCAUCUAUCUCCUGAUCUUCCUCCAUCUCAAGAACACAUUGACCACCAUACUGCCAUCUUCACACUCGACCACACACGCCAAGGUCGACAGAGCAGCACGGUUGAUGUUGAUGUUCCCUCUCGCCUAUAUCAUUCUUACACUACCCCUCUCGGCUGGAAGAAUGUGGAGUAUGGCUCAUCAUACUUACGCCGUCCAUGAAGGCUACCAACUUGCCUCUGGGGCUCUGAUCGCUUGUUCAGGAAUGGUAGACUGUCUCUUAUACACACUCACCCGUCGAAGCCUGGUC